CUCGCUUUUAUAAUUUGUAAACAAACGGUUUUGCGUAAAAAAGUUUUUAAAUUAAUUUCAUUUUGUGCAAAAUAAUUAAUUCAACCGGUUACAAAUAUCGUUGGAAAUGCCGGUGGAUAUUAACCGGCUAACGGACGGUUGGCUAGAACUGGAAAGUGACCCGGGUUUAUUCACACUUCUGCUGGAGGAUUUUGGUGUAAAGGGUGUCCAAGUGGAGGAAAUAUAUGAUCUCCAGAAAAACAUCGAAGGCCCAGUAUAUGGAUUCAUUUUUCUGUUCCGCUGGAUAGAGGAACGGCGCGUACGAAGGAAAAUUGUGGAAACCACUGAAAUCUACGUUAAAGACGAGGAAGCAGUGAACAACAUAUUCUUUGCCCAGCAGGUGGUACCGAACAGUUGUGCCACCCAUGCAUUGCUAUCGGUUUUGCUGAACUGUUCCGAUAUCGAUCUGGGAACGACUCUAAGCCGACUGAAAGUGCACACCAAAGGUAUGUGUCCAGAAAACAAGGGUUGGGCGAUUGGAAAUACACCGGAACUUGCAUGUGCUCAUAAUUCACAUGCUAUGCCGCAAGCCAGACGAAGAAUGGAUCGGAAUUCCGGCGUAAGCACCGGGAGAUUUACCGGUGAAGCAUUUCACUUUGUAAGUUUUGUACCGAUCAAUGGUCAUUUAUUUGAGCUGGAUGGACUGAAGCCAUUCCCUAUGGACCACGGGCCGUGGGGCGAGAAAGAAGCAUGGACUGACAAGUUUCGCCGGGUGAUGUCCGAACGGCUUGGAAUAUCAACUGGCGAGCAAGAUAUUCGCUUUAAUCUGAUGGCCGUAGUUCCUGAUCGGCGUAUUGCCAUCACGCACAAACUCAAGAUGCUGCGAACUAACCAGACGAUUGUUUCUGCUGCAUUGGAAAAGCUACUUAAAAGUAAACAACCGGAAAGUAAAUCACAGGCCGAAAUUAAAGAGACUGUUGAUAAUAUUAAGAAGGAAGAAGAUUCUCCCGUUAAACUCAGUUCCGAGUAUUCUCAGUUAUUAGACAUGAACGAGAAGGAGAACUCGUCCGUUCCUAUGUCGAAGGAACUUGAAUCUCUGGUAUCGCUCAACAGUUCGUCCGAUUCGGUGGAAAUUAUUUGCGAAACAGAGAUCAAAAAGGAAAACCCUCCGCCAUCACCUCCGCCCUCGUUUAUCGGAGCGGGAACUUUUUCGCCGAAAGAUUUACUCUCGUUGCUGAAAAACCUGGAAUCGGAAAUCAACAUCACUGAGCAGCAUCUGAGCGAUGAAAACGAAAAGCGGGCCAUGUUUAAAGUGGACGACUGUCGUCGAACACACAACUACGAUGAGUUCAUCUGCACCUUUCUUUCGAUGCUGGCUCAUCAGGGCAAGUUAGGGGAACUCGUCUCGCAGCAUUUGAUUACCAGUCGGAAGCCGAGUAUGGCAAGUGUUCAAAACAGCGGUUCCCGGGGAGUUGUACGUAGUUACAACAAGAAGAAUACCACGAACGGAUCGUCGCCCAAGACGCCGAACUCGAAGCGACGUCGCGGUAGGACCAAGUACCGGAAGAGGAAGUAAUGCGACGCGAUCAGGCGAAGAAAGAACAUGAGACUGGAAGGCUUUUCGUCCGCGGUACGGAAGAUGAGUGUACGCAUUUUGUGAAGGUAUUUUAUUUAUCUAUCUUCUAAUCGUAAUACAAUGAGGUUACAAUAAAAUUAGUUUCUGAAUAGAUUAGAAACGUUGUAGACUUGGCGGGUGAUUGUAUCACAGCUACGAUCUGUCGUUACAAAA